CCUGCAGAGUCGCGUUCCUGAAGAUGAUGCAGUCCCCACUGGGUUAAGCAGGGCAGGGUGCAUUUCUAAAAACCAAUGCGAGGCUGCGAGCCUUGACGUCUUCUUGCCCUCCAAUCCCUUUCAUAACGUUGACCAUUGAUCUUUUGCUGCGACGUUGAAGCGGCAUAUCCAUACGACCACCCUCUUCUUUGCUCCUUUUUUUCUAGACCCUAUCGUCCGAACGGCAAGCAGCGGAAUCCACCGCCACCCUACGCUUGGACAUUGGAUUUCAAGGCGAUGCGUGUGAAUACUUUCUUUGAUUCAUAGGCCCCCUACAUCGUCGGAUAAUACUCGCUUUUGGCGUUGGUCCUUCUUCUUUUACACAUGCACAAUGGCUCCUCGCGAUGCCAACUGGAUAGAUGGCCUCCGUGGCAUAGCUUCAUUCAUGGUCGUCAGUGGCCACCUAUGUACUGCUCUGGUACCGUGGCUGCACUCGCCAGCGGCCGAUCCUAAAACCGCACCGCACCUCUUCCAACUACCCUACUUCCGCCUCACCGUCGGAGGCCGCAGCGCUGUGGCGAUAUUUUUCCUCGUUACAGGAUACGUAAACUCGAUAGGACCAAUAGGCAGAUCGCGCGCAGGGAACCACGAUGGGGCUUUCACAGGCAUCGCGAGGAGUGCCCUGGCGCGCUCAGGGAGGCUUAUCCUGCCCACCAUGGUUGCAACCUUUUUGACCUGGUUCCUCGCCAACACAAACGCAUACCACAUGACCAAGCAUGUCGAUUCGACGUGGAUACGACAGGGCUGGCAUCGGCAAGAGCCUACACUAUGGGAGGCCUUCCUCUCGUUGUUCAAAGCGGAAGUGGAAACAUGGACAAUUGGCUGGAAUGACUACGAUGGCACACAAUGGACGCUGCAUUUGUUCUUGGGAGGUAGCAUGCUCGUGUACACGACCAUGUUUGCCACUGUCCUGGUCAAGCCGAAAGCGCGCUUCUUGGUCUACGCUGUGCUGUACCUCUACUUCUGGCAGCUCGGCGAGGGACUCGCAAUCGGCGCACUCAAAGGUCUGAACAUCGUCAUGGGCAUGUUCGUAGCUGAAUUGCACAACCACUACAAGGAUUCUGCGACAUCAGUCCUUCCAGCCCCGAUCCCCGCGCUUAUGAUUAUCGUGGGCAUGUUCAUCGCAGGCUAUCCUCAAGACUCGCCCCAAAACGCACGUUGGUCGCACGUCAUGCAAAAGAUCAUGCAUAGUAUCACCGUCGAGAAUGCCGACGUUCGGCGAUACUGGGAUCAUAUCGGCGCCUCGACCGUGUUGCUCGGCAUCUUCUUCUCGCGGAACGCCCGCCGCGUGCUCACCUCACCCGUCUUUAAUUUCCUCGGCCAUGUUUCAUUUCCGGUCUACCUUAUGCACAACACCUUCAUCAAAACCGUCCUCACCUGGAUAAUUUACCUGCCGUCCGCCAUGAACCCGCCCAAGAACGAGAAAGGAGAGCAGCUGGAUCUCCAGCGCGGCUCAACUACACACAUCUUUAUCGCCGUUGCCAUUUUCUACUAUAUCUUGUAUCGGUGCGCGGCGUUAUGGGUGAAGCAUAUUGACCCCAUCUGCGCGAACCUGGUCAACAUGGCGACCAAGUGGGCGUACGGCGAGCCUCAGCCGCGAGAAAACAGGCCGAUAUUAGGCAACGCGAGCACUGAGAAGACUGUUCUUCCCUCAUGAUACCACUUCUAUGCAUUUUACGCUCUUUCAGCCCGUGUUCUUGCUACAUUCUUGUUGAUCCCUUUGGAGCUGGAGCCUCCCAUAGCUAUGCAUCGUUUUAGUACCAUUCUUUCCCUUUUGUCAAGGACAUAUUUCUAAAGCGAUGCCGCGCCAUUGGGCGAACGAGCAAGCGAUCUAUCUAUCACUACACGGAGUUGGGUUUGGGGCAAUCUAUGGAAACAGCUGCGUCAAGCUUCAUGUUCAGUCUGGCUUGGUAUACCCCAUAAUUUUGGACGUUGGGUAUCUAGUUGUUGUGUUGGGUGGAUCGACG